UUCAGCUGCAGUCAGUCGGUCGUUUCGUUUGGUUUGGAGCCGUGAUAUCAACCAAAAAAAAAAAAAAAAAAUAAUUAAUAAUUGCACAGGAAAAAAGGUUUUCCCCGUGCAGGACGCAUCUUUUCUGCAGGACUUUGUGGAGAUCUUUCUGGGAAGAGAAGCUGCAGCUGUGCAUGUCCCAUCCGGAGGGGUGAAGAACCGGAGCGGAGGGUCGCACCGACUACCACUGAGCCCCGAAGCCGCUCGGCAGCAGCAGACCGCCGGCAUGACCCUCACACGGAGCUCCGUCCUCCUCCCGGCUGCCUUCAGCCUGCAGAUCAUGCUGCUCUCUGCCCGCAUACAGGUUUCUUCGGCUUCAGGACACUUUGAGCUCCAGGUCUUGUCGAUGCAGAACAUAAACGGGCAUCUGCAGACCGGCGCCUGCUGCGACUCGGCCCGGGAUGCGACGGAUCGCCGGUGCACGGCCGACGAAUGCGACACCUACUUCCGGGUGUGCCUGAAGGAGUACCAGCUGAAGGUGUCCUCGGCGGGGCCCUGCAGCUUUGGCUCCGCCUCCACGCCCGUGCUCGGUGGGAAUACCUUUUCUCUACGCAACGGCAAGAGCGACAAAGACAGGAUCGUGCUGCCGUUCAGCUUCGCAUGGCCGAGGUCGUACACGUUGAUUGUGGAAGCCUUGGAUUUCAACAACGACUCGUCCUCCGGCAGCGUCGGCGGGGCGCUGAUUGAGAAGGCCGUCCACUCGGGGAUGAUCAACCCCAGCCGGCAGUGGCAGAGCCUGAAGCGCAACGGCCCCGUGGCUCAGUUCCACUACCAGGUCCGCCUCAGCUGUGACGAGCACUACUACGGCUUCGGCUGCAACAAGUUCUGCCGCCCGCGGGACGACUUCUUCGGACACUAUGAGUGCGACCACAACGGCAACAAGACGUGCCUGGAGGGCUGGUCCGGUCCAGACUGCAACACUGCGAUCUGCAGGCAGGGCUGCAGCACAGAACACGGAUCCUGUAAAGUUCCUGGAGAGUGCAAGUGUCUGUAUGGCUGGCAGGGGGAGUACUGUGAUCAGUGUAUCCCUCACCCCGGCUGUGUUCACGGCAGUUGUGUGGAGCCCUGGCAGUGUCUCUGUGACACCAACUAUGGAGGACAGCUGUGUGACAAAGAUCUGAACACGUGUGCAACGCUGCAGCCGUGUGUGAACGGAGGAACCUGCAGCAACACAGGGCCGGACAAAUACCACUGCUCCUGUCCAGAUGGCUUCUCAGGGGUCAACUGUCAUAGAGCGGACCACGCCUGUCUGUCCAACCCGUGUCUGAGGGGAGGAAGCUGUGUGGAAACCAGUCAGGGUUUCGAGUGUCGCUGUGCCGCCGGCUGGACCGGACCCUCCUGCUCCACCAAUGUGGACGAGUGUCUGGUGAACCCCUGCAGUCACGGAGGAACCUGUCAGGACCUGGUGAACGGGUUCAAGUGCACAUGUCCGCCCCAGUGGACCGGAAAGACCUGCCUCAUCGAUGCCAACGAGUGCGACGACGACCCCUGUGCCAACGCCAACUCCUGCCGAAAUCUGAUUGGAGGAUACUUCUGCGAGUGCGUCCCAGGUUGGACGGGGCAGAACUGCGACAAGAAUAUUAACGACUGUCGAGGUCAGUGUCAGAACGGAGCGACAUGCAAGGACCUGGUGAACGGCUAUAAAUGUCUUUGCACUGCGGGUUUCGCCGGCGAACAAUGCGAGAAAGACGUGGACGAGUGCGCCAGCGGGCCGUGCCUCAACGGCGGCCGUUGCCACGACGAAGUUAACGGUUUCCACUGCCUGUGUCCGCCCGGUUUCUCCGGGAGUCGCUGUCAGUUGGAUAUCGAUUACUGCCUCCACGGUCCGUGUCAGAACGGCGGCCAGUGUUUCAACCUCGGGUCAGAAUACGUCUGUAAAUGUCCCGAAGACUUUGAGGGCAAGAACUGCUCGCACCUGAAGGACCACUGCCGCACGACGCCCUGCAAAGUGAUUGAUAGCUGCACAGUGGCGGUGGCGUCCAAUAGCACGCCGGGCGGGGUGCGUUUGAUUUCGUCCAACGUGUGCGGCCCCCACGGCCGGUGUCGGAGUCAUGCAGGCGGACAGUUCAGCUGCGAGUGUGAAGAAGGAUUCACCGGGACUUACUGCCACGAGAACAUAAACGACUGUGAGAGCACCCCCUGUCUGAACGGAGGAACUUGUAUCGAUAAAGUCAGUCAGUUUCAGUGCAUCUGUGCCGACGGCUGGGACGGACCUUCCUGCCAGAACAACAUCGACGACUGCAGCUCUGCUCCCUGUCGGAACCGCGGCGUCUGUCGAGAUCUGGUCAACGAUUUCUACUGCGAGUGUAACAACGGCUGGAAGGGGAAGACCUGCCACUCAAGAGAGAGUCAGUGCGACGAGGCGACCUGUAACAACGGAGGAACCUGCUACGACGAAGGAGACGCCUUCAAGUGUCUGUGUGCGGCCGGCUGGGAGGGCGCCACCUGUAACAUCGCGGAGAACAGCAGCUGUCUGCCGAGUCCGUGUGAGAACGGAGGAACCUGUGUGGUGGACGGAGACUCCUUCAGCUGCGUCUGUAAGGAGGGCUGGGAGGGCGCCACCUGCAGCCACAAUGCCAACGACUGCAGUCCUCAUCCCUGUUACAACAGCGGUACCUGUGUCGAUGGAGACAACUGGUAUCGAUGUGAAUGUGCUCCGGGGUUCGCCGGCCCAGACUGCAGAAUCAAUAUCAAUGAGUGCCAGUCGUCGCCCUGCUCCUUCGGCUCCACCUGUGUGGAUGAAAUCAACGCUUUCCGUUGCAUCUGUCCACCAGGAAGAACCGGCCCCCGCUGCCAAGAAGUGUCGGGGAGGCCCUGUGUGGUCGGAGGGGUGGUGGCUCUGGAUGGAAGCAGAUGGGACGAAGACUGCAACAAGUGCCACUGUCACAACGGGAGGGUCGCCUGCACGGAGGUGGAGUGCAUGGCCCCGCCCCCAGCCAGGUGUCCGUCAGAGAGCGACUGCGCCAACGUCACCAUCACCUUCAACAAGGACAUCAUGGCAAUGGGUGUGACGGUGGAGCAGGUUUGUCGUGAGCUCAGGAGCCUCUACGUCGUCAAGAAUCUGUCCUCCGACUCCUCCGUCUCCAUGAGCUGCGAGCUGUCGCUCAGCACCAACAAGGAGAUCCACGUAGCCAUCUCGACAGAGGACAAGAGGAGAGGUCUGACCUUUGCCAAGGAAAUCACAGACAGGAUCAUGGAUCUGGUGAGCAAGCGGAGCGCCAACAGCACCAUCAUCAGCGCCAUUGCGGAGGUUCGGAUCCAGAGGAGACAGAGCCACGACCCCAACGCAGACCACCUCGUGCCCAUCCUGGUUUCCGCGGUGAUUGUCAUCUGGGCGUUGGCGAUCGCCUUCAUGUUGCUGUGGUUCGUGAGGAGGCGGAGGAAGCAGAGCGCCCACGCGGGGGUCAGCACCCAGGCGGCGACGACGGCGGCUGCUGCUGCUGCUACGGUGUCUUUGGCACCGGUAGCCGAGGACAACAACGCCCUCCACAACAGCGUCAGUUACGCCCGCGAGCAGCUCAACCACAUCAAGAACCCCAUCGUGAAAAACACACCAAACCAUCAACAUCAACACCACCAGUCGCUACUCCAUCACCACCUCUGCGACGACAAGAACGCCGUCAACGCCAAGAUCAGGAGGUCGGACACUGGAAGCCAGUCGGAGGAGGACGAGAUGGACAAGAGGCUGCAGAAGGCGAGGUUCCCCCGGGCAACGCCAGCGUACUCGCUGGUGGACUGGGAGGACCGACCACCCCAGCAUACGACGGGCAAACCCCAACACUGGACUAGCAAACAGGACAACAGGCAACCGCAGUCACAGAGUGUGAACAGGAUGGAGUAUAUUGUAUAACCGACGGGGCUCAGAGUGACUGGACGGUCCACAGAGAUCAGACCCACCACGGUGGUGGAAGACUUUUGGUUAAUUGUCCUUUUUUUGGUUCUUCUUCUUCUUUUGUUCUUUUGUUUCAAGAUGGAUUUUUUUCCCGUUUAAUUUAUGACGCUGUCCUGAACGGUCCACUGCGGUUGGCUGGAUCUCCGAUUUUGUGGACAUCUUCGUUAAGGACAGAAUUUAGAGCGUUUCUAAAAGACUGACGUGAACGAAAAAAGCAUCUUUUGAUUCAAUAAUGAGUUUUGUAUUUGAAUGUGCUGUUGCCUUGUUGCAACCACGGCACCGGACCAAUUUGGGAGAAAAAUAUAUUUAUUUUGUUUUCUUUUGGGGGGGGUUGAGUCAAUAUGAAGAAUUGUCCACGUAGAAUGUUUCUGUAUAGAUGUGUAAAUAUUUUUUAAUUAAUCAUUGUGUAUAUUUGAUUUAUUAACUUAAUCGUCAAGAGCCUUUAAGAUAUUACUUUUG